AUGUUUAAGUGUUUUCCAAUUCCAUUUUGUAGUAGAAAUUUGGAACAAAUUGAUAAACGUCAUUGUAAUUUAACAACAGUACCUGAUGAUGUUCUUCGUUAUACACGUACAUUAGAAGAAUUAUUACUUGAUGCUAAUCAACUUCAAGAUUUGCCUAAGGGUGUUUAUCGUUUAACACAAUUACGUCGUUUAACAUUUAGUGAUAAUGAAAUUCAAUAUAUAUCACCUGAAAUUGGACAAUUAGUUAAUCUAGAAGAACUUGAUUGUUCAAGAAAUGACAUAGCAGAAAUUCCGGAUAAUAUUCGUCAUUGUCGAUCAUUACAAAGACUUGAUUGUAGUGGAAAUCCUUUGGCAAAUAAUCUUCCCGCUGGUAUAAUUCAUCUUCGACAAUUAUUUCAAUUAACAUUAAAUGAUGUUUCACUUGCUGAAUUACCAAGAGAAAUUGGCAGGUACAUAGAAGAAUAUUUUUGA